GCGGGCAUUGCAGGAGGAAAGGAAGAUGGCGGCGCCCUUGAUAGUAAGGCAUCUAGAGUUGUUUGCUGCGUUACGGAGCAGAGCGGCAGUAUGUGUAAGAAAGAGGGCUCUGCAUAAUAGCACGCCCCUAUGUGCAGGGCAGGAAUGGAGGAUAAGAAAUGGCUUUGCUCGCAGCAAUUCUGAAUAUGGCCCGUUGACUGAUCUCCCGGACUGGAGUUUUGCAGAUGGACGUCCUGCCCCAACAUGGAAAGGCCACCUUAGAAGAAAGGAGGAACGAGAGGCAUUGACUCGUCGUGUGAUUCUUCUUAGCACAGAAAUGGAAGCUGGUUUGACAAACUGGAGAGAGAAACAGCAAGCUCUCGAGGAGGAACACGUGCAGAAAAAGAAGAUGCAGCUAAAGCCUAAAGCAAUUUUCAAAAAGAAAGCAGAAUGCCAUUAAAUUCCAUGACCACUGCUUUGGACUCAUUGAUUUCAGUACAGAGAUUGUAACCUGUGAUUCACACCGUGUGUGUCUCCUGCUGUAUAGUACCAGGAGCUACUCCCUUUCCCAAGCUAUGGAAACUGGCGGAAGUGCUAAUGUAAUUUCCCUGUAACUGCCACUUUACUUGAUUAAAGGUGGAAUCAUUUACAA